UAUCUCAUUAGUUACAUUGGCGUGUAGGAAGAAGCAACCAUCUUCACUAUGUUGCGAUACAAUUUUCAGUUUCUUCUUCUGUUACUUGCGUUCGCACAGUUUUUUGCCUCUGGCGAUACAGCACGAAUACCACGAACUACACCAGAUGCAGCUGCUACCAAGAAAUGUGGCUAUGAGGCGUGUCAUGCCACACAUCCUAACAAACUUAACAUUCACAUGGUUUCACAUACUCAUGACGAUGUCGGUUGGUUAAAGACUGUCGAUCAAUAUUACUUUGGAAGUCGCUCUACAAUCCAAAAGGCUGGUGUGCAGUAUAUUCUCGACAGUGUUAUCAAAGCACUGUUAGCUAACCCAAGCAGAAGAUUUAUUUACGUGGAAACCGCUUUCUUCUGGAAAUGGUGGUUACGGCAAGAUGAAAACGUACGUGCUGACGUCAAGAUGUUAAUCAACGAAGGGCGAUUGGAAAUCAUUGGAGGAGCAUGGAGCAUGAACGACGAAGCUUGUACUCACUAUCAUUCAUUAGUGGAUCAGUUUACAUGGGGAUUCAGGCGACUCAACGACACAUUUGGAAGCUGUGCCAGACCGCGUAUUGGGUGGCAAAUAGAUCCUUUCGGUCAUUCCAGAGAACAAGCUUCUUUAUUCGCACAGAUGGGAUUUGAUGGAAUGCUAUUUGGUCGUAUCGAUUAUCAAGAUAAAGAGGAAAGAUUGAAUAAUAAAACGAUGGAAUUUAUCUGGAAAAGCAGUCCAAAUUUAGGUAAGCGAGCGAAUUUGUUCACGACUGCAAUGUUCAACACUUACAGUCCACCACCAGGAUUUUGCUUCGAUGUUUUAUGCAACGAUGAACCAAUGAUCGAUGACCCUGAUAGCCCAGACUAUAACAUCGACAGAAGGAUCGAUGAUUUUUUGAGAUAUGCAGUUACGCAAGCUAAUUAUUAUCGUACAAAACAUAUCAUAUUGACGAUGGGAGGAGAUUUCACUUAUCAGCACGCGGAAAUGUACUUCAUGAAUUUGGAUAAGCUGAUAAGAUACACUAAUCAGCGCAAUGGUUCUGCAGUAAAUGUAAUUUAUUCGACACCCUUAUGCUACUUGAAGGCCUUGAACGAUUUGAAUCUUCAGUGGUCCACUAAGAGCGAUGACUUCUUUCCAUAUGCGAGCGAUCCUCACUCUUACUGGACUGGCUAUUUCUCAUCGAGACCAACCGUGAAAUACUUUGAGCGUGAAGGGAAUAAUAUGUUGCAAGCAAGCAAACAACUUAUUGCCCUAACAAAUUUAAAAAAUUAUGACGAGCCCUUGGAACAUUUUCGCGAAGCAAUGGGAGUGAUGCAACAUCAUGAUGCCGUCACCGGUACCGAAAAACAAUUAGUCGCGAACGAUUAUUCUCGUAUAUUAUAUGAGAGUGUGAAUCACGCUGGAGAAAUAAUUUCGAAAGCUAUAGGGAAAUGGUCCGGAAUGGAAAAUAGUACAGCAGCAUCCUUUAAGAUAUUCACAUGUAUGCAAUUAAAUAUUAGCUCGUGUGCAUUUUCCGAAAAAAGCGAUACGUUUAUGGCUGUAGUAUACAACCCUCUAAGUAGGCCUGUUUCUACUUACAUUCGCGUCCCCGUUCAAGGAAAUUCUUAUGUUGUUCAAUCACUCACUGAUGGAGUAUAUCCAACCGUACAGAUAGUACCGAUUCCCGAAGGAGUUCAGAAAAUCCCAGGAAGAAAGAGCAACGCGACAAACGAAGUCGUUUUCCGCGCUUUAGAUAUUCCUCCUCUCGGUAUACUAGCUUAUGCCAUCGCCAAAAAGAUACAAGAAAAUGUAAUUGAACAACCUCAGUCAGCCAACUUCAUAAGUAAUGAGCUGUAUAAUAUAUCCGUUAAUACCAACGGUGACUUAACAGUACACUGGAAUAAGCAAAACAUGAACGUCGUACAAUCUUUCCACUACUACAUAGGAGCAGAGGGUAAUAACAAGAACUUUAUUAAUAGAUCAUCUGGUGCGUAUAUCUUCAGACCUAAAGAAUUAUCGGCCAGGAAUUUUGCAAACACCGGGUCGUAUAAAAUAUAUAAAGGUCCUAUUUUGCAAGAACUUCAUCAUACAAUAAACGAUUGGGUUAGUCAAGUAGUUCGAAUUUAUUCAGAAGAAGAGCACAUUGAAUUUGAUUGGCUCAUUGGACCAAUACCUGUCAAGGAUAAGAUUGGUAAAGAGAUAGUCACGAGAUAUUCCAGCAAUCUACAAACAGACAAAACGUUUUACACGGAUAGCAAUGGAAGAGAGAUGUUAAAGCGUGUGAGAAAUUAUCGAUCAACAUGGAACUUGAAAUUGAUGGAGCCGAUAUCUGGCAAUUAUUAUCCAGUGACCAGUAAAAUUACACUCAAAGAUGAAAAGAAGCAAUUGAAAUUAAAUGUCUUUGUUGAUCGUGCUCAGGGGGGAAGCAGUUUGGAGGACGGUGACGUUGAAUUGAUGCUUCAUCGAAGACUUUUAAAAGACGAUGCGUUUGGUGUAGAUGAAGCAUUGAAUGAAACUGCUUUUGGCGAAGGUUUGGUAGUGAGAGGUACGCACUAUCUCUUUGGAGGUAAAGUCAAGAACACGGAUACAUUCGUAUUGAAGGAAAAGGAAUUGGCGCUUAAGUUGGCUCUGCAUCCGUGGAUCUUAGGUGCUCCAGUUAAUUUGAGCGAUAUCGAAAACAUAUGUGCUGUACUCAAAAAUUUAACUUCCGGUCUCAAUAAAGCAUUGCCAUCGAAUGUGCACAUUCUUACCUUAGAACCUUGGAAAGAUGAUACAAUUUUAUUAAGAUUGGAACACCUCUUUGAAGUCGGUGAGGCUCAGCGAAUGUCUCAACCAGUAGAAGUUAACAUUCAGAAUCUGUUCUCGACAUUUUCAAUUGAAUCGAUCAAAGAAACCACAUUAGGAGCUAAUCAGUUAUUGAGCGAAAAUAAACCUAUGAAAUGGGAACCAGAGAUGAAUGAUAUUAUCCAGAAUGAAGAAGAAAGCAGACAAACUGUGGGAGUUCAUGACAAUGUAAUCAAUGUUCUCUUGAAACCGAUGGAAAUACGGACAUUUAUUCUCACAGUAAAACGAAUAUCUCUUUAAAUUUUAUGUGUAUGUGUG